UCAUCUGCAUCCUCUUCCUCCCUGUAGUUUACUUUUUCUUCUGCUCUCGAGAGGCUGCGAGGCGAAGCUCACGAGAGAAAAUGGCCCCCGAGAAGCGGGCAGCCCGUACUCCCUGGUAUACCUCAGACGAAGCCAAUCCCACUGAAAUGGCUUCCGAACCCCCCGCAGGUAUGCAUUGCGCCGGCGGUGGCGAUGAUGCCCCCCCGCCGACUUCUUCGCCCGGGUUUCUUCAGGGACAACACGCCCCAGAUUCAGAAGGCGAAGAUGGAGAGGCCUCAUCGCAGAGCUCGGAUGACGAGGAUGAGUAUAUCCUUGUUCAAUUAGAGGACGUAAGCAAAGAGGUGCAAUGCUCUAUAUGUUUAGGGGUUAUUCGUAAGACAAGAACAGUUAUGGAGUGCCUGCAUCGUUUCUGCAGAGAAUGCAUCGACAAAGCCAUGCGACUCGGGAACAAAGAAUGUCCAACUUGUCGCACUCACUGUCCAAGUAGGCGUUGGUUAAGAGAUGAUCCUAAUUUUGAUGCCUUGAUUGCAGCGUUAUAUCCAGAUAUUGACUUUGAUGCCUUGAUUGAUUCUUUAUACCCGGAAGACAAUUUCGAGGAAGAGAUUCAAGCUCCCAAAGCCGAGGCAUUUCGGCAUUCAGAGCCACUUGGCCUGAGAAGGACCAGGCCUAUAUCCAAUACUGCUGCUACUUAUAUGAGAAAAUCUCAACAUGUUUACCAUUCGGGAAACAACAAUUACUAUCGCAGAAGAGUUAGACCUGCUGCACGUAAUAUUUCACAUGCACUACCUGAUCACAAUAAAGAGAAAGAUGUUAGAAGCACUGAUGCCAUUAAACGUCCCUCCUCUUUAGACGAGCUUUCUCCUGAUAGAAUACGCAAACGAAGGCGGCUGGUAGCUCCCACAUCUUCACCAGCUAGAUUAGAUCUUGGAUUUGAGAAAUAUGGUAUAGAUUUGAACAGAGAAAAUUCUCGCACUUCCCCUUUGCCCGCCGGGAAGAACGAUCUUUCAUGGGGUAAAGGCGGUGUUCGUAGCCAAACCCGGCACAGUAACAGUAUUGGUUCAAAUGGAAGAUCUGUCAGGGCUGCAAGGCUGGCCAGGUUAAUAGAACACUUGCAUAAUGUAGAUGAAAAUGAAGAUAAGUUCCACGUACAUCUGAAACUGCUUCCUUUGAACGAGCAAAGCCUGCCUUUAGAAAGCCCACAUCUUUGCUGCCCACCAACUUCAUCCGUUAGACACAUACUCCAAUUCAUUGCUAUGCAAACAUCCGGACAAGUACGAGGAAUUGACUUGUUUGUUAGAAAGCCUCCGAGUCCUACAUCUCAGCCGACCAACCAAGUUGAGCGGAACCCAUCCGACGUCUCAGAUGAAAUGCGGAUAUUGGGGGAAGAUGAAUCGCUUGCUGGUUUGCUGACUUGUUUCACAUCUAGUACUCAAGGUGAUCUGGAACUAAUGUACCGUAUUAAUGCAAGAAAUGGCUUCUAGGUGACAGCCAAUUAUUCCUAGCCAGGUUGAUCAAUUGAUCUACACUGGUGUGUGUACAUAGUACAUAUAUAUAUAUAUAUAUAUAUAUCAAUUGGGUUUGUAAUAUUUGCAAGUUCAUCAGUGGAAGAAUACCUCAUGAUGAUUUCAAAAGUGUAAAA